UACGGAUUGAUACCAUGAAUAGGUGAAUAGCUGUAAUCACUGCUAAUAAGUCAUUGUUAUAAUCUGUUGCAUAGUCUUUGUCUUUUCAUGUUCAUUUCCUUCCUCUUUUCCUUUCUUUCCCUUUUUAAACUGACAAAGAACUCCAAUACUCUCAUAGAGAAUUGUUGCAUCCAACAAUUUCUUUGUCACCUGAUCAUUCAUCUACUACCUCAGGCCACUUUCAGCUGGAACACCUGACUCUCUUGGUCUUUACCAUUUGAAGACAGGAGACUGUUAGAGUUUAAUAGCUGUACUAGCUAAUCACCGCCAAGAAAGUCAUCGUAUGCAAUUUGCGGCCAGAACUCCAAGUCCAGUAUCAUCGGUUCGGCAACACAAACACAGCCACUGCCAUUUUUUCCGUCGUGAUCUUAACCACUGCAACGCCAUUACGGUGGAUACCGUCAUGACGGCCCAUGAAGCCUCCUCUUCAUCCUCCUCCGAGUCAAAACUUUGGAAUUACGACGUGUUCUUGAGCUUCAGUGGCGAAGACACGCGCCAUGGCUUCACGGGCAACCUCCACGCGACUUUAAAAGACCGGGGAUUCCAGGCUUAUAUGGAUGAAGACGAUCUAGAAAGAGGGGAAGAUAUAAAAGAGCAACUGUUCCGGGCAAUCGAAGAGUCGAGGAUCUCUAUCAUUGUCUUCUCAAAGAUGUAUGCGGAUUCGAGUUGGUGUCUUAACGAGCUGGUGAAGAUUAUGGAGUGCAAAUCCAAACUGGGUCGACAUGUUUUGCCAAUAUUCUAUCACGUUGAUCCUUCGCAUGUCAGGAAGCAGGACGGAGAUUUAGCCGAAGCAUUUCAGAAACACGAAAAAGACAUCUGUGAAGAACAAGAUGACAAGAAACGUGAAGCUAAACAAAAACAAGCAAAUCAGUGGAGAGAGGCUCUUACAAGAGCUGGAAAUUUGUCCGGCCACCAUCUUCGAAUUACUGACAAUAGGCGGGAAGCAGAGGUUAUUAGAAAAAUUAUUGAGGAGAUUAUUAUGAAAUGGCUUCCGAGAACAAAUGAACUAAAUGUGGCCGAGCACCCAAUUGAAAUCAAAUCUCGCAUUCUACGUAUUAUCAAUCAUCUUUCAGGUGGUGGAUCAAAUAAAGUUGUCAUGGUUGGAAUUUGGGGGAUGGGUGGAUGGGGUAAAACAACAGCCGCCAAAGCCAUUUAUAACCAAAUUCAUGGUGAGUUCCAAUCCAAAAUUUUCCUUGAUGACAUUAGAGACGCUACAAGUAAACAUGGUCUAGUUUAUUUGCAAAAAAAACUUGUUUCUGCCAUCUUGAAAAGUAAGCGUCAAAUAAGAAGUGUUGGUGAAGGUAUUGAACUGAUAAAACAAGAAUUUCAACAUAGAAGGGUACUUCUCAUCAUGGACAACGUAGAUAAAGGGGACCAACUCAAUGCAAUAGCUGGAAAUCAGGAUUGGUUUGGUCCAGGAAGUAGAAUUAUCAUAACGACACGAGAUAAACAUUUACUAAAGAAAGUGGAUGAGAUAUAUGAGGUUCAGAAAUUGAAUGAUGGAGAAGCUUUGAAGCUCUUUAGUUGGCAUGCUUUUGGAAAUAAUUGGCCUGACGAAGGAUAUCUUCAAAUCUCAGAAAAGUUUGUUUCAUACUGUAAAGGUUUGCCAUUAGCCCUUAAAACUUUAGGUUCUUUGUUGUUAAAAAGACCCAUAGAAGAGUGGGAAAGUCAACUGGAGACAUUGGAUCCUGAUGGAGAAAUAAUAGAACAACUAAAAAUAAGCUUCCAAGGGCUAACGGAAAAACAAAAGGCUAUAUUCCUUGACAUAUCUUGUUUCUUUAUUGGAUGGAAUAAGGAAUACGUCGCAAAAGUAUUAGAUGGAAUAAUAGAUAUUAGUAUCCUUUGCGAACGAUGCCUUGUAACUAUUGAACGCAACGUGUUGAAUAUGCAUGAUUUGAUUCGAGAAAUGGCUGGAGUAAUCAUUUCUGAAAAAUCCCCCAGUCAUCCUAGAAAAUGGAGUAGGCUGAGGAAUCUUCAAGAGGUCACAGAUGUAUUGACAAAUAAAUCUGAAUCUGAAGAAAUUGUCGCACUAAUUAUUGAUUUGCAGAGCUCGAACAAUGAUAGUUUCAGUACAGUAGCAUUUGCCAAUAUGAAGAAAUUGAAAUUUCUCCAGCUAUACCACGUAAAACUAGAUGGAGAAUACAAAUAUCUUUCCAAAGAGUUAAAGUGGUUGCGCUGGUAUAGAUGUCAUUUGAAGUCCAUACCAGAUGACUUUUUUCGUCAAGACAAACUAGUUUGUAUAGAUAUGCGGUUUAGCCAACUGGUACAAGUUUGGAAGGGUUCCCAGUCGCUUCGGAGGUUGAAAAUCAUGAAUCUCAGUCAUUCCUAUUCCUUAAUAGAAUCACCAGACUUUUCAAAGGUCCCAGAUCUUAAAGAGUUGAUAUUGGAAAAUUGUGCUAGUUUGUCCGAGAUUCACCCCUUCAUUGGACAGCUUAAAAAUCUCUCUUUGGUAAACCUUAGAAACUGUUACAGUCUUAGUUCUCUUCCAAGUGAUUUCUAUAAGUCCAAAUCUGUUAGGACUCUUUGUCUUAAUAAUUGUCCGAAAUUCGGAGAACUGCAUGAGGAUUUAGGGGAGAUGGAAUCACUGGAAAUACUUGAAGCAGAGGAUACAGCCAUAAGACAUAUACCAACUUCCAUAGCAAGAUUGAAGAAACUCACUCGUUUCUCUGUAAGGUUUGUCUAGAGAACACCCUUCCAUUUGGGGAUUAGCAACCAGGGAUGUGAGAUCACAUGCUUUUGUACUGAAACUAAUUUUUGAAAGGUUGAUUGGUGAACUAAUUUGUUGUAUAAAGGUUACUAAAAUACUUUUUGCAAUAAGCAGUUCAUUCCCUCCUUAGAUUU